AUGUACCCCGACGCCUAUCCCAAUAUGUGCCUGACAAUGUCCACGAUCCUUGGGCUAAUCACAUCAUCGCCGGGCCCUUCACCGACUCUUCGAUGCUCUCCAGCACUCUCCGAAGCCGAAGAUGAUCGUAAGGCUGCGGCGAUGAGCCUCGGUACGGUACUACCGUGUAUCCCCACCAAUUUGCUGUACAGCGAGACCCUUGGAGGUCCGACAACAUGGCUACCUUGUAGCAUUUCAGACACCAAAUUUUCGCUUCUGAACCAGUGUACUGUCGAUUUGUUAGCCUUCGGCCCUCCCCUGGUCCGAUUACGCGGUCCCGAACCGUUGACCAUGGCGUAUCAUCUCAAGCUUCCUCACCGACUAAUUGUGUUGAUGUCCCUAGACUCUAGAAUGGACCAACCCUCUGCAGGCAAGAUACACCACGAAUGUCUUGGGACAAGCCAUUGUCGGAAAUAUGCGGCCGCUACUUAUAUCCUGGAGCGAAAGUUCUUCAAGUGUAGAAAUUCGACGCGGUCGAUGUCGGACCGACAUCAUUCACCUUCGGUCCGUGCCGGUGCCGCUGAGGUGGAUCUUCAGCCAUCAGAGCCAUCAGCCAUAAUGCAUGUACCGGGUCUGCCCAACUGGGGCAGCAAUCUCCGCUUUAGAAAGACUACCCUCAACAUCGCCCAGGCCAGCGCCGAAGCUGGCCGGGACUAUCGGCACGAUUGUCGUCAAAAAAGAGUAUUUCGUGGUCUGAUCGAACAGUCGAUUGACGGGCUCAAGAGAGCUUCAGAAAAAAAGCAAAAGUGA